AUGCGGGCACUGCCUCCCGAGCCACACCCCGGUGCCGGCGACUCCGACCCUGAUCCCGACCCCAACCCUUGUGCCGCCCCCAUCUCCAACCCCAACCCCAACCCAUGUGCCACGCCCUCCGACCCCAUCUCCGACUCCGACCCUAACCCCAGCUCCAUCUCCGUCUCCGACUCCGACCCCGACCCCGACCCUGACCCCAACCCCAACCCCAACCCCUGUGCCACGCCCUCCGAUCCCAUCUCCAACUCCGACCCCGACCCCGACGCCGACCUCAACCCCAACUCCUGUGCCACGCCCUCCAACCCCGUCACCCAAGCCCUGCUCUCCAACCCCAACCACAACCCCGGUGCCGCCGACCCCGACCCCUGUGCCACGCCCUCCGACUCCGACCACAAUCCCAACCCCAUCUGCGACUCUGACCCCGAAUCCGACACCUACCCCGACCCCAACCCCAACCCUAACCCCAUCUCCGUCUCUGACUUCGACCCCGACCCCAACCCCAACCCCUGUGCCACGCCCUCCAACCUAGUCACCCACGCCCUCUAA